AUGGCUUCUUCGAAAGGUACGGACAAGGUUUUGGAAAAAAUCAAUGAAUCCGUCGAAUCCGGAAAUUACUAUGAGGCACACCAAAUGUACCGCACAGUUUGUAGGCGAUAUGCGAAGCAAAAAAAGUACAAUGACGCUAUAAACCUCUUAUUUCCCGGAGUUCAAAUCUUAUUGAAACACAUGCAAAGCGGCAGCGGAUCCGAUUUAACAUUGUACAUGAUUGACGUGUACAAUGAAGCGGAACUGCAAGUUUCCGAUGAGUCCAGAGACCGAAUUAUUCAAUUGUUGGAGCUAUUUCCACCGGAUGAACCUGGUCGCAAGAGGGUCAUCGAUUCGGCUAUCAGUUGGUCAACCAAAUUUGGAGAGAAUCCGGCUGGUGAUCCAAAAUUACAUCAAUUUGUUGCAGAAUUGUUAUGGAAAGAUAAAAAGUAUUCCGAUGCGGAACCACAUUUUCUUGCCGGUGCGUCGGACAGCAGUAAAUUAUACGGGAGGAUGUUGGUUGAAUGGUCGGAACAAGAUCAUCCAUCCAAGAGAGGCGCCUAUAUUGCCCGUGCGGUGCUACAGUAUUUGUGCUUACGAAGCAUCCGUGAUGCAAAGAUAGCGUUUGAAAGUUUCAUUUCAGAAGUUUGCUUGAAAGAUCCAAGCCUAAAGGCGGAAAACGUUCCAUAUCGUCCAACGAUGACUGGUGACCCUGUCGAUGUGACAACCUAUAGGUUGCCAUUGUUAAACUUUUUGCAAUUGUUAAUACUAACGGUUCAACGAGAAGCUUCAGAUUUAUUUGUCACCCUUCGUAACAAAUAUAAAAGUGUUUUAUCCGUUGAGCCUAUGUUUGAAGACCUAUUAAACAAGAUUGGUGAAACGUUCUUUAACAUAAGGGCAUUAAGACCACCGCAAUUUAAUAUCUUCCAAGAUAUCAUGAACAGUUUACUCGCACCACCAGGUGGUGGAUCAUCAUCUCCUGCGGGGACUUCUCACACGAGAACCAAUCUCCAGAAUGAUUUAUUGUAA